AAGCACCAUUCUAGUCAGAAGAUGUCUGCCCUUGAAACACUCUUUAAAUACGUUGAUGACCACCAAGAUCUCUAUGUUCAGCGGUUGGCUGAGUGGGUGGCAAUCCAGAGUGUGUCAGCAUGGCCAGAGAAGAGGGCUGAGAUCAGGCACAUGAUGGAGGUUGCUGCAAAGGAUAUUGAGCGGCUCGGGGGCACAACCCAACUUGUGGAUCUUGGGCAGCAGCAGCUGCCUGAUGGAUCAGAGAUCCCUCUACCUCCAAUUCUCCUGGGAAAACUAGGCUCAGAUCCAUCCAAAAAAACUGUGUGUGUAUAUGGCCACUUAGAUGUUCAGCCAGCAGCUCUAGAAGAUGGCUGGGACAGCGAACCCUUCACACUGGUGGAAAGAGAUGGAAAGCUGUACGGACGAGGAUCAACAGAUGAUAAAGGUCCAGUGCUUGCGUGGCUGAAUGUAUUGGAGGCUUAUCAAAAAACUAACCAGGAGAUUCCAGUAAACAUUAAGUUCUGUCUAGAAGGCAUGGAAGAAUCUGGGUCUGCAGGCCUUGAUGAGUUGAUUUUUGCUGAACGAGAUGCGUUCUUCAAAGACGUGGAUUACAUUUGCAUUUCUGACAACUACUGGUUAGGCAAGAACAAGCCUUGUAUCACCUAUGGUUUGAGGGGUAUCUGCUACUACUUCAUAGAGGUGGAAUGUAGUGACAAAGACCUUCACUCAGGAGUUUAUGGUGGCUCAGUGCAUGAGGCAAUGACAGAUCUCAUUGCUCUGAUGGGUUCCCUUGUAGACAAGAAAGGGAAAAUUCUGAUCCCAGGUGUUAAUGAAGCAGUAGCAUCUCUUAGUGAUGAGGAGAUGGCACUUUAUGACAAGAUUGACUUUGACAUGGAAGAAUAUGCACAAGAUAUAGGAGCAAUGAAACUACUGCAUGAUACAAAGAAGGAUAUCCUUAUGCAUAGGUGGAGAUACCCUUCUUUGUCUCUUCAUGGAAUAGAAGGAGCUUUCUCUGGAUCUGGAGUCAAGACUGUGAUUCCUAAGAAAGUGAUUGGCAAGUUCUCAAUCAGACUUGUGCCAAAUAUGAUUCCUGAAGAAGUCACAAAGCAUGUUGAAGACUAUGUGAGCAAAAAGUUUGCAGAGCUGCAGAGCCCUAACAAAUUCAGAGUAUACCUGAGCCAUGGUGGAAAACCAUGGGUGUCAGACUUCAACCAUCCUCACUACAUGGCUGGGAGGAGGGCUAUGAAGACAGUUUUUGGAGUUGAACCAGACCUGACAAGGGAGGGAGGAAGCAUUCCUGUUACUAUUACUUUUCAAGAAGCAACAGGCAAGAAUGUCAUGCUGCUUCCUGUUGGAGCUGCAGAUGAUGGUGCCCACUCUCAAAAUGAGAAACUAAAUAGGUAA